AUGGACUUUUCUGAAAAUUAUAGUUACAAAUUUGCUGAAGAGGUGCAAAGUCUACACUUUGGGGGUAGCCGGGGACAAGUAUCUCUUCAUACCGUUGUAGCUUAUCUCAAAGAAGGAAGAGAGACUGUUAACCACUGUCUGUGCACGGUCAGCGAAUGUACACGGCAUGAUUCCCCUGCAGUCUGGGCACACUUACAGAAGGCGUUACAAUUUGUGUUCGAAAAAUGUCCUUAUAUUACCACCGCCCACAUUUUAACAGAUAGUCCAACAAGCCAAUACCGAAAUAAACAAAUAUUUUACAUAUUGACUCAGCUCCGCGAUACCUUCCCAUCGUUAAAGCUAGUUACUUGGAAUUACCAAGAAAGUGGUCAUGGCAAAGGCGCUCCUGACGGCAUUGGCGCUGUGGUUAAGCGGACAGCUGAUCAUCAAGUUAAAUGUGGGCGUGACGUCGGGGAUUUUUCAACAUUCCUUGCAGUUGUUCGCGAAAAUAUUAAAAAUGUUGAGAUAAAAGUAGUAGAGGAGCAUGAAAUUAUAGAAAAAGAACUUCUUCUUCCUAAGGAUAUUUCACCAUUCAAGGGUACUAUGUUAGUUCACCAAGUGAUCUGGAAUUCUGGAUCAGAAUUUCUUGAGUUCCGAAAACUAAGCUGUUUUUUGUGUUUGGAUAAAAUCUGCGAACAUGAGGAUAAACAUAUGCAAUUACAUAAAAUUUAUAAGAGUGUCGUCGAAUCGGCUGUCCAAAAUAUAAAAGUUAUUCCACCAAGCAAACGAAUUACGGUAUUGAGCGAUGUAUCCAUCCAGUAUUAUAAUCGGAACAAUAAUCCGUCUACUUCCGGAACACGCAAAAUUAUAAAAUCUGUUAAAAGACUUGCAGAUGUAAAAUUUGAUUGGACAAAUCAAACGUUCAUAAACACACAACAGAAGGUGUCUAAUGGGCAUGAAGAGGCUUUCCUCCGCUUUAUUAAUGAACGGUCUUUUGAGAAUACGGAAUAA